AGUACUCUAAUUAGCCCGUGAUUGCGCCGUUCUGCAGACGUAUGGUACAUUGGCGUUGCACGACGCAUCAAGUCAUUGCAAUGCAGCUUCCAUCCGUCGCUGUUAUCAUCAGUGAUAGACCUGAUUUUCAAAAAAUGAUCCUGUGCUAUUAUCCUUUCGACCAUUUACAUUGAUUCCGGACUAGGCAGUAUUUCUAAUCAGCAGUUGUCGUCGAUUUGUCAGUUCCGUUCUUUUAAUCAGAUUACCCAACGCUUUACAUUCUAAAUCAGCGCUAUCGAGUUGAACCGGACCUAAAUCACACUACAUGCAGGCUGGCUCGGCCAGAUGGCCACAUGUAAAUUAUGCAGAGAGUACAAAAGCAAUGCCCUAUGCGCUAGGCUGAGCUGGUGGAAACAUCUCCGAGAGUCAUUAAGGUUAGUUAAUUGGCAUCAUCACCGUCUGACUCAGCUAAACGCUGCUGCUGAGCUGCGAUCUCCGGCCCUGCUGUGGCCCGGACGGUCACAGAUCGCACCCAGGAAAACUAAUUUCGUUCAUGGGAAAUGUUCUCUUGGUCCCCCGAGGACGGGAUAGUUUAAUAGCCGCGAAUGUGGGUCGCUGAUUCCAGUUAUUUCCUCAGAAUUGCAGCUCGAGGACGGAAAGACUGGCUGAUCGCCGUCCGGCGCGCUUUCAUCGCGGGUCCCGGUGGGUAAGUGCGACUGACUCCGGACACAGAACGCUGUUGUACUGCGAGGCCUUACUCUUCGUAUAUGCAAAUCCCUCCGUUCAGCACCAAGGCGAGAAACAGUGCAGCAGCCGGACCGGAUUAAUAAUUCAAGAUGGCAGCUCCAGCGGGCAAUCCGACGUUGGAGGGUCGGGGAUGGAGGCGCCGAGGGACCGCGGAGCUCGGGGGCCGAUGUUAGGGGGAGAGUCCUGGAGAAAGAACCCGAAGAGAGACAGCACACGCAGCCAUGAGCCGUGAGGAAGUAACGGAAGAGGACUCAACAGUGCAGUACCCCAUCAAGCAGAGCUUGGCACAAUCUCUAUGCAGGGACACGCACUGGAAAUGUCUCAUCCUGACGAUCCUGAUCUACGGCUGUCUGACUGCCGUGGCCUGGUGCCAGCUCACCGUGGUGACCAAGACGUGGGGCGUGGAGGGGGGUUCGGCACAGCCUCCCGGUCAGUACCACGGUCUGCACCACGUGUCCCCCUGCAGUCACGGCUAUGUGUACAUCCCCAUGGCCUUCGCGCUCAUGCUGUAUGUGGUGUACCUGGUGGAGUGCUGGCACUGUCAUACACGGGUAGAGCUGCAGACCAAGGUUGAUGUUAACUCCGUGUACGAGACCAUGCAGGCCAUGAAGGAGGCCACGCCCUGCAUCUGGUGGAAGGUGAUCUGCUACCACUACAUCCGCCGCACGCGCCAGGUCACCAGGUACAGGAACGGCGACGCCUACACUACAACACAGGUCUACCAUGAGCGCGUCAACACCCACUGCGCCGAGUCGGAGUUUAACUACUCACACUGCGGGGUCAAGGACGUGUCCAAAGAACUGGUCGGACUUGAGGACUACUCCGCCACCAAAAUCAAGUUCACCAAAUGCUUCAGCUUCGCUAAUAUCGAGUCUGAGAAUGACUAUCUGUCCCAGAGAGCCCGGUUCUUCAGCGAGAACGAGGGCCGCGACGACUACAUGGAGACGAGAGAGGGCAUGCACCUGAUGAACGUGGACUUUAAGGAGUACAUGAUCGCGUUUGCGGAGCCGGACAAGUUGCCGUGGUACCUCUCCCACGCCAUGUUCUGGAUUGCCUCCACCUUCCUGCUGUCCUGGCCACUGCGCGUGCUGAUUGAGUACAAGACAGCCUUCGUGCAUUAUCACGUGGAAAAGCUUUUUGGAUGUGACUACAUGACGCCCACGGAGGUGGAUAUGUGGAACUCCACGCUCAGGAUCCCCAGAGUCAGCACUGUCAUCAGCAACCGCUCGCUGGAGUGGCGCAUCCAGGCCAACCGGGAGAUAGUGCCGAGCUACUCGGAGGCCCUUCUGAUGGAGACCGCCGCAGGUGGGAUGGCGUACCGCGUCAGGAGCACCGGCCCGUCACUUGCGUCUCUCAGCUCGUACUGCAACGGGCAUUCUCGCUCGGGAACGUUACACCGCGGCAGACACGGUGGCCAGUCCUGCGGCUCCCUAGUUAAUUACACGGUGAACGGACACGCGGGGUUCUUGAACGGCUUUCCCAGCCUACACAGACCCAGAGGCAGCAGUGGCAGACACGGAGACGGCCCGGGAAGAGAACCAAUACACGCCAAUAACAACUAUGCACACGGCUCUGCGACUCAGAGCACCCGGAGGGACUCCCUACAUUCGGCUGGACACGGUAACGACAGAUGUAUGGAAGCUAACAUGGAGUCAACGAGACCCACAGCUAACGGCCGAGUGCAUGGUCCGUUGACGGCUGAUCAAUACUGGAGCCCCGGAGAUGUCGAUCACAACACGAACAGUGAUGGGCGGGGAGGGAUGCCCGUUCACGUGGCGUCUAGAUCCACCGGCGGAUCCGAUGAUCACACGGUUUCCAGUGCGCGUCAGAUUGUAGAGAGCAGGGACAGAAGUGAUAAUGCCCAGCCGGAGCCCUCAGAACCCAGAGCGAGCUCAGAGUCGGACCAAGCGAAGCAAGUCCGCAGCAGCGCAGUUGCUGGUGGCGCGGUCACCAAUGCGCCACAAGGAGAGAGUACCUCUUCCACAGUACCGACAGGACAAACACCUGUCAAUAACGUGGCGGAGAGCAGGGGUACGGGAUCGGCUAAUGAAUCAGAAACAGAGAGGGGAAGGAACAGCUUACCCGAUGACGACACAUCGCGCAACGCUGAAGGGACAACUUCACCAGCAGAUCCAUCAACAGAGUUGACUGUUGUGUUGAGUGGUGACGUCACCAUUACCAUUGACGACGCCCCUCCCUCCUAUGAUGACGCCCUGCAGAUGAGGCGGUUAGAUUCCCAUCACAGACUCGUAUCGACAGAUGAUGUUCCUAUUGAAACUUCGCUCUAGAUGGAACUCUGCUUUCGCGUCGGUGUCGUCCAACACACAUCGUAGAACUGUUGCUCUGAUAUUGCAACUCUGCUGCCUGUUCACUGUUCAGAGUUCUCAUCAAGCAAUCUGAUGAGGUUGUAUAAAGAAAUUCCAAGUGAUUAUGAUUUGAACUGAGAUCUUCCAUUGGUCGUCGAUAUUCUUAUGUGGCAUCAUAUGCCAGACAGAGACUAAUAAUGAACAAAACCAUAAAUUUGUCAAAUAAUCAACAUAAAUGUCUGGAGAAAUAUAGCGUUGACUGUGACUGAGAAUCCACGUGAUGUGUUCAGGGGGAAGACGUUCAUACGUAGAGACAUUGACCUUACAGUAUUUCCAGAUCUUUGCAAAGAACAACAUGCAGCGUGCAUGCAAUAUUCUUCUACCAACAGCAAAUUUUACGUUUCCAGAGCCUUGUAAGAAUUUUAUGACAAUCAUUUAACAAACCCUUAUUUCAAUAAGGUUGGGUGACAUUGACGGAAUCAGAAUGUGUCAGUAAUACAAUAAAAAGUGAUUGUCUGGCGUAAGACGUAUUUUUCGACAUUGCAGCUCGCUAGUUUGGACUAUUAAACAGUACAAAAAAGCAAA